AUGGCAGAAGAUGUAGAUACAAUCGUAGAUGUACACUAUAAUGGGGUGUUCACACCUACCAUAUUGAUGUAUUUUAAUGGAGUAAAAGCCUUUGUGCCAUACACGACUGUAAACAAGAUGAACUUCCCUGAUUUCAUCCCCUUUCUUGAAAAGCUUACUAACGAAAGAUGCAGAGAUGUGUAUUACUGUCCACAUGAAGUGAGGUUGUCGGAGGGAUUACAUGCUAUUCAGAAUGACCGCGAUUUUAACGAGUUUCUUGAAGAUAUGAAUGAAAAGAAGAGAUUGGAUGUGUAUGUGGAUCAUUAUCAUGAACCUUUGUUUGAUUGGAUUCAGGAGGAAGAAGCAGUCCUUGAAGAUGAAGAUUUGGUUUCUAUUGAUGAUGUUGACUCCAUUUUAGAAGAUGGUCUGAAAGCUGAACAUGUAGAGGACGAUGAAGUUAUAUCUCUCAAAAGAAACUUCAAUGAUCAUUUCCUCAACAAACUUUGUCCAAUACAGAAUGAUGACUUGGUUCAAGAAGAUCAUAAUGCAAUACGACCUAUCUACCCAAGACAUGAUCAUACUCAGGAAUGGAAUGAGAUGAAGCCUCGAUUAGAGGUUAUGGAUGCAGAAGCAAAAUGGUUUGAGUUGGGAUUUGGACAUAGGCCCAAGUACCAUAAUGGAGAUAGAGGAUUUGAAAGAAUUGCAAAGGUUAGUAACAAUUUCAUUAGUUAUACAUUGGUUUAUGAAGACAUUCCUCUAAGAUGUACCAUUUGCCACCAAACUGGCCACAACAAAGCCACAUGCCCAAGUAAGCCAACUCCAGCUCCAAGCACAAUAGGUCCAAGUCAAUCAACUCCAGCUUCAAGCACAGCAGGUCCAAGUCAAUCAACUCCAGCUCCUGUCAAGAGAACUCCUGUGAAGAAGGCUCCUGUGAAGAGAAGUCAUAUGAAGAAGGUUCCUUUGAAUGAUGCUGGUAGGGUGAGAAAGUUUUCAGAAAGAAUCACAGAAAUUGGUCUUCAGAAAAAUGUUAAACUCAAGGAUGGAACUGGAUGCAGCCAAGACAAACCUGUGACCUUAGAGUAA